AUGAUAAAGUCUUCUUACAAUUUUGGUAAUCAUGAUGAGGAUAUUGAUAUUUUUAUUAGUCGCUUUUCUGCAUAUUUGGCUGGUAUAGAUGUAAAUCCAGUAGGUGUAGCCCGAGAUAGAGCUUUUGGUAUUCUACGGGGAUGUUUAUCUGGAUCAGCAUUAGACUGGUUCGAUCGAAAAAUUCUUGGUAAACGAUGGGAGCUUCAUAACAUUCUCGCAAAUCAUGGACAAGCUAAUAUAGCUGGUGUUCAAGGACGUACCAUGGCACAAAUGAAUAAUACUAAUAGUUUUAGAAAUCCCUCUAUUGCUCAUACCUAUGCUAAUGUCCCUGCUAAUAAUGCUGUAACAGUAGGGAACUCGAUGGUUCCAGCAGAAGCUUUUAUAGAAGAUUGGCGUUUAGCCGGGGGCCGUCCAUCAGAUAGACCCGUCAAUGCAGUAAAUGCUGCUAAUAAUAAUCCUAUCAUAUUUGAUAAUAUACGGAUUGGGCAGGCUUUAUAUUGGUUAAAGAAUGAGUACCCCACAGUACUUAGUGAGAAACGUAAUCUAGUGUUUGGAUCAUUGGCUCAAGGUGAUGAUCCUUUAGGAGUAUUCUAUUCAAAACUUAGAAAGUAUGGGAAAAUGUUAAACCAUGAUGAGGAGCAAAUCAAAGGCCAGUUUUUACGUGGCUUGUCUUCUGAUCUAGAGGAUGAUGCAGAGCGUAUUGGCACUGAACAACCCUUAGAAGAUCUUUUUACUACAUUAGAACGAAUUGAAACACGCAGAUUGGAAAAAAGACUGGGUUUAGUUUCUAAAAUACCUCAGUCUGGCUAUAAGCCAUCAUCCAAAUCUCGGGAAAAAGAUUAUUACUCCAGCGAUACGGGUAUGACCGAAGCUAACGUCAGAAACUUGGUGAAAUCUAUAAUGUCUGAACAAUCACAACCCGUCUCACAAACCAUCUCUUCUAAGUCCCAGGAUAACCAAAUCACACUUUCACAAGAUGAUUUCAAAAAAAUUAUAGUGGGUUUGAAGGGAACUAUUGCUAAAGGACAGCAAACUUUGAAGAAACCUCCUGGUCCAGGGAAACAAAAAGCGGAUGAUCUUGCUGUAAACCGUUUUUUAGAUAGUUUAACAAAUAAUACAGGUUUACCAGGAGAAGAUUAUGACUAUGAUCCAGUUGAAGAUUUGAGAUUACAGCUUGAGCAGUUGGAUAUCAAUCAAGCAAAAUUAGCUUGA